AUGUCGUCCUCUCCCGCCGUUCCUUUGCUCAGACCACCCGUGCCUGGCAAUCGCAACAACAGCGGUGGCCCUCGACCUCCCAAGCUCACCCUAGGCAUUCCUCCAUCCCCCAACACCAGACCGGUCACCGGCAAUGGCGUGCCCACCCUCGCUGCCCCCGAAGCGCCCAAGCCGCAGCAACGGCCCUCGACCCGUCCCGCUCUUCCUCAACUCCGCCUCGCAACCCCCAUGGGCAGCAGCUCCAAUGUCCCGCGGGAAGUCCCUCGACUGGCAAACGGUAGGCCGGCCCCGCCGCCGCUGGCCACCACCGGUCUGAACGAUUCCAACGCCCACUCGACAUCCAGCAGCUUCACCUACCUCGACGGCAAGGCCAGCGGUCCUGCCUCGGCCUCGUCCUCAAAUUACUCGGCUCUCUCGUUUGCUAUGGGUCUCCGCCAACCGCACGGCAGCACCCCGGAUCCGUCGUCGGCCAUCAGCUCGGUGUAUUCCGACCGUGAGGGCGGCGUGCCCAUGGAGCGGGACAACAGCGUCAACGGACUUCUCCCGGAUUUGGAUAAGUUGAGUCUGGAAAAGGGCAGGCCCCUGGACGUCGACGAUCUGGAUGAUGAAGGCUGGUUGGCUGCUAGUGAGAAGAAGAAGAUCAUUGAGCUGGGCAGUCUUGGGGAGGGCGCAGGAGGUGCUGUGACACGGUGCAAGCUCAAGGAUGGAAAGACCGUUUUUGCAUUGAAGAUCAUCACUACCGAUCCCAAUCCGGAUGUGAAAAAGCAGAUUGUGCGAGAGCUGAACUUCAACAAGGACUGUGCGUCUGAACACAUUUGCCGCUACUAUGGUGCCUUUAUGGAUAAGUCGACCGGGACCAUCUCCAUUGCCAUGGAGUUUUGCGAGGGAGGUAGCUUGGACAGUAUCUACAAAGAGGUCAAGAAGCUAGGAGGGCGGACGGGAGAAAAAGUCCUCGGCAAGGUCGCAGAGGGGGUCUUGAAUGGUUUGACAUAUUUGCACAGCAGAAAGAUUAUCCAUCGAGAUAUCAAACCUUCCAAUAUCCUCCUAUGUCGAAAUGGCCAAGUGAAGCUCUGUGACUUUGGUGUCAGCGGGGAAUUCGGGACCAAAGGCGACGCCAAUACCUUCAUCGGCACCUCGUAUUAUAUGGCCCCGGAACGUAUCACAGGUCAAUCCUAUACCAUCACCUCCGAUGUGUGGUCGCUCGGCGUGACUUUGCUCGAGGUAGCCCAGCACCGGUUCCCAUUCCCCGCCGAUGGCACAGAGAUGCAGCCACGAGCCGGAUUGAUCGAUCUUCUUACCUACAUUGUUCGUCAACCCAUCCCCAAGCUCAAAGAUGAGCCGGAAAAUCAUAUUCGCUGGUCUGAUAACUUCAAAUACUUUAUUGAAUGCUGUCUUGAGAAAGAACCCCCACGAAGAGCCACACCCUGGCGGAUGCUGGACCAUCCCUGGAUGCGGGACAUGAAAAACAAAAAGGUCAACAUGGCCAACUUUAUCCGACAAGUGUGGGGCUGGCAAGACUGA